CCCAACAUGACCAGACUUCUAGUACUCUGUCCGCUUGCACAUCAAUUACAUUAUAUCCUCUAUUGUAAAGACUCAAGUCACCUCAAGGAAUCUACAUAAUAUACCUCAUUUCUCUUCAAUACGUGCCUAAGUUACUUCUGCAUAUCUAAUUCACAAUGGUGACAAUAACGAAUACAUACUCCAGGGACAUUAGAUUCCCAACAUCCCUCGACAAAACCGGAUCCGAUGCCAUGAACGCAGCAGGCGAUUACUCUGCUGCCUACUGCAUCAUCGAAACCGAUUCAAACCACAAGGGUCAUGGCAUGACCUUCACAAUUGGUCGCGGCAACGAGCUUGUCUGUGCAGCCAUUGAGCUCCUCGCCGAGCGAGUCAAAGGUCAAACACUCGAAUCUCUCACUGCCGACUGGGGCAAAACAUGGCGCUACCUCGUCUCCGAUUCGCAGCUUCGCUGGAUCGGCCCAGAAAAGGGCGUCAUCCACCUCGCCCUCGGGGCCGUUGUGAAUGCACUGUGGGACCUGUGGGCCAAAGUCCUAGGAAAGCCCGUCUGGCGCAUCGUGACUGAGAUGUCGCCUGAAGAAUUCGUUCGCUGCAUCGAUUUUCGGUACAUUACCGACGUGAUUACUCCUCAAGAAGCCAUCGACAUGCUGCGGAAAGCGGAGCCAGGAAAAGAGCAGAGAAUUAAAGAAGCAGAACAUAACCGCGCCGUUCCCGCGUAUACGACUAGUGCAGGAUGGCUAGGAUACUCGGAAGACCGAAUGAAGCGCCUCCUCCAAGAGACGCUGGAGAAUGGGUAUCGCCAUUUCAAGCUAAAAGUCGGCACGAGCCUUGAAGCGGACCGAAAACGUCUAAAAAUUGCGCGAGACGUGAUCGGAUAUGACAAAGGAAAUGUCCUCAUGGUGGACGCAAAUCAGGUCUGGUCCGUCCCCGAAGCCAUCGAAUACAUGAAAAGCCUGGCUGAAUUCCAGCCCUGGUUCAUCGAGGAACCAACCUCACCUGACGACGUGCUCGGGCACAAGGCCAUCCGGGAUGCGCUCAAGCCGUACGGCAUCGGCGUAGCCACGGGCGAAAUGUGCCAGAAUCGUGUGCUGUUUAAGCAACUUUUGUCAAUAGGUGCUAUUGACGUUUGCCAAAUCGAUGCCUGCCGUAUCGGCGGCGUCAACGAGGUCCUUGCCGUCUUACUCAUGGCCAAAAAAUUCAAUGUCCCAGUCGUGCCGCAUUCUGGGGGCGUCGCUUUACCAGAAUACACCCAGCACCUCUCCACGAUCAACUACGUCUCCGUAUCGGGCAAGCUCUCAGUGCUAGAAUACGUCGACCAUCUGCAUGAACAUUUCCUGCAUCCCGCGGUGAUUCGUGAGGGGUACUAUACCACGCCUACGGAGCCCGGGUAUAGUGUGGAAAUGAAGGCAGAGAGUAUGGAUCGGUACACGUAUCCUGGCGGUGCAGACAGCUGGUGGAGGAGCCCAGAAGCAAAACCUAUCAUUGAAGGCGAGAAAUUAUAAAUGAGACAUAUGCUAGAAGAUGAUAUACGACUACCGUUUGACGGCAGUCAAUUUGAUUCGUCUAUACUGAAGAUGUUUGGCAAUAUAAAAUGCUCAACGCGGCCAGUGCUCUACCGCGGCGUGAAAAUAGCAAAUGAAAUCUGAGAGUACCGCACAUUUUUGAUUGAUAUAGUCCUAAC